UGUGAACGGUAACUGUUUAGUUUACGAUUAGCAAGAUAGCUUAACUACUAACGCUAGCUUCUAACGGCUAAUGUUGCACGGUGCUCGCCUCUGAUUGGCUGAAUCGCUGUAAAAACACAUCGAUUAACACAUCGCAAACAAACGUAACGUUAGCAGCUAACUUUGAAAUACAUUUUAACAAUAUGUGAUGAUUGAAUUAAUUGUUAAUGGGAUUGUUAAUACAUAAUAAUGCAGUGGGAGUCGGAAUAAUAACACAGCUGUGAGAACACAGUGAUAAACCGCUAAACAUCAGCUGGAGUCUUAAGUAACUAUAAUUAACAGCUGCUUUGUUGCUUUGCAAACACUUAACUUUGCCAGUCUUCAUCAAAAACUGUAAAAUCUUCCAUCCUAUGUUCUGGAUGCAUUACAUAGCCGGUGAAGUGGACAGCCUUGUGCAGAUACUUUAGUCCUUACUUCCAAUAAAAGGACAUGUUGGUGCUCCAGCAUAUUUGGGAUAAAACUCUUUGUGUCAUGUUGAAGAAUAAUGUUAUUGCAAGGCCCACUUGGCCUUUCCAGAGCUUUUACAGCCACAUCCAGUGGCCUUCUUCAGUGGAUGAAGGUUGCUCAAUAUCUAGGAAGUGGUCAUGGUCCAGAAGUCAGCAGACCUGCAUCUGCAAGGUCCAAAAUAACUUUCAUCACUUUUUGUCUGCCACUCUUUAAACGUAUACGCUGAAUAUUUAGGCUUCAUUUAAUGUAGAUAAUGUCAAUUAGAUGUUCAGUAUAUCUACACAAAAACAUUACCUGCAUGAUUUAAUGCACAGAAGGAGAGAUGUCUUUCAGUACAAGAAAAUCACUCCACCUUAACAACCAGGUAUUUCCAUUGAAUAUGCAAGAUCAUUAUAAUUACUUUAUGUCAGACAUGAUGAGAGGGAAGCAGAUUACUGCAGGGACACAGUAAAAUGGGUUGCUUUCUGAGUAGUAGUUUUAUUAGCCUACUUAUUUCACAGAGAUGGACAAUUUGAGAGUCAAGUCAUGGCAUGAAAUAUUAAGCUAUCAUAUAAACCUACAGAAGACAAGAAACCACAGAGUGUUAAAGUCAGUGCUCAGUACAAGGCCCAAAGUUCAACCACCAGCGAAUGAGUCCUUAUCUCAGUUAACUCUCCACAUGAGUCCAGAUCUCAAACAAACAUACUCAGUUUCAGUCAGACAAAAGUUUGCUAUCGAAAAUAAAACCAAGUGACGGCUCUUGUGUCUGUUGGACAAGCUUAUUGAUUGUCCGACAACACCGGACUUAUCUCCCGUAGUCUGGCCGGUGCUGCGCUGGCUGUCACCCAGGACUGAGGCCUUGAGGAGACCCGUCCAUCUUCGGGAGGAGCAGAGCAUGAGGAGAUGAAUGGAGUGACGGAGGAAGAAGAACAAAGCGGAGAGGACGGUCAGCAGCUUCCUGCUGAAGGAGAGGCCUCCAACAUCGAGACACCAGAAAAACCUGCGUCAAAACAAGGCAGCCGUCGGUCAAAAUGCCGUCACCGCUGCUCAUUAUGCGGCAGGGAGUUCUCUCGUCCGUCUCGGCUGGCGGAACACAUGGUCGUGCACUCUGGCGAGAAACCUCACAGCUGCUUGUUAUGCGGGAAGCGCUUCGCCAAGAAGAAGAAUCUGGCGAUUCACCAGAGAGUACACACCGGCGAGAAGCCGUACUCGUGCCCAGACUGCGGGGUCAGCUAUUCCCAGCCGGGCUGCCUGCGGCGGCACCGGCUCGGACACGCUGCAGAGAAGCCCCACCAAUGCUCGGUGUGCGGCCGCGGCUUCAUUCAGCGGCGCCAUCUCGUACAGCAUGAGCGGACGCACACCGGAGAGAGGCCGUUCUCCUGCCCGCUGUGCCCCAAACGCUUCGCCUCCAGGACGGGCCUCGUCGAUCACAAGAAAAGCCACGCAGUGGAGAACCUGCACUCCUGCUCGGUCUGCGAGAAGGUUUUCUCCACGCCGUCGUCUUUCAGGGACCACGUUAGGCUCCACACGGGACAGAAGCCUCACCCCUGCUCGUUGUGCGGCAAGAGCUUCAACCGGCCCGGCCUGCUGAGGAAACACCUGCAGAAACACACAGAGGACAGCGAUGUGCUCCAAGCUGCAGCCAGCAAGAAACCAGACGAGUCGCUCGAUGGCGGCAGCGUGGCGGCAGUUUCUGCGGGGAGCUGCGGUCUGAACGGGCUGCAGGAGCUGAAGGUCGAGAGCAGAAACGAUAAUGACGAGGAAGAAGACGUGCUGCGUUCACUGACCG